AUGAAAGGAUCUGUGUCUGUUCCUGAGUCACAUCAUCAGUGCAUAGAGCUCGGGGGUGGUUUCGCUGCAGCAGCUCAGCAGGAGGCUCAGGGCUCCUCUGCAAGUGCGGCGCGUGGCGUGGUGAUUGCGACCGGAGACCGCACGGUGAUGGGGCGCAUUGCCACCCUGGCCUCGGAGCUGGAGGUGCGGAGGACUCCCAUCAACAUCGAGAUCGAGCACUUCAUCCGCAUCAUCACCGGAGUGGCCGUGUUCCUGGGAGUCUCCUUCUUCAUCCUGUCCCUCAUACUUGGAUACACCUGGCUGGAGGCCGUCAUCUUCCUCAUCGGCAUCAUCGUGGCCAACGUCCCCGAGGGUCUGCUGGCCACUGUCACCCUCAGAGCCUGCACUGUCCUGAAACCUCUGCAUCAGCUCAGAGCCUGCACUGUCCUGACCCUGCACUGUCCGAAACCUCUGCAUCAGCUCAGAGCCUGCACUGUCCUGAAACCCUCUGCAUCAGCUCAGAGCCUGCACUGUCCUGAAACCCUCUGCAUCAGCUCAGAGCCUGCACUGUCCUGA